AUGUCUCGAUUCAAGACGAAAAUCUUCACGACCACACAAGCUUACGAGGAUUAUGAGUUGGAAGUUUUUGACCAAAUAAUAUUCGUGCUCAUGGUCACCUUCAGUUUUCUCCUGUCAGAAUAUAUAGAUGCUACUGUAAUAUUAUUUGAUAAUGCUCUUCUGAAGCCUUAUUACUUAAUACAAGAGUAUUUCAUUCGACUCCGAAUUGUCGCUAACACUUUGACCACAAUGAAUUGUGUGACUCAUUGCUUUAUUUGCAUGCUGAUGUCAUCGGAUUACAUGGAUACAGUAAGAAAAUGUUUGAGACGAGAGAAGAAAGAGAAGAUAAACGCAAAGAAAAACGUGCCAUCAGUUACCCUCACUAUCGAAUCAAGUCACGGGGAAGUUGCUUGA